CCAGGGUUUCAUCCUUGCUGUUGGAGUCUGGUUCUGUGGUUUGCGAGUGAAGACGACGAAGAGGAGGGUGUUCGGUUGUUACAUUUGCCGGAUUAUAACUAGUUCAAAUCAGUUUUUUUCAACUUUCUGUACGAUUGUAGGAUUGCAUGAUCAAGGAGAUGGAUACCUUUAUGCUAUUGGUGUGUACAUAUGGUUGUAGUACAACUGUAAUAAAUGUUGCCCGCGCAAUGUGUUAUUCUCGUUUGGUGGAGUGUUUGUGUGAGAAAUGGGAUGAGUUGUCUGCUGGUUCUAUUUCAUUGUUCUGUAAACUACCUGGGAUUAAUAAGUGUCAUUUGGACAAUGAGGAAGAAUUUCAGAACAUGGUACUGCUUGCUAAAUCAAUGGGGGUACAACAUGUAGAAGUUGUGGUUGAGUUGAAGGGUGAUAUUGGUCAGUCAAGUAGUUUGGGAUUGCUGCGUGUGGGGGUUGAGGAUGAAAUUGAUGCACUACGGAGAUUUUGCCACCAUAAGGAGAAGGUGUUGUUGUCAGCCCCUUGGGCAAAUGGUAUUACGCAUGUAGGACAACGGUUUGUUGGAGGUGCACAAGAAUUUCGUGACGUUUUAUGUAAGUAUGCCAUCCAAUGUGGGUUUAAGUUCACAUACGUGAAGAACGAGACAACAAGAGUUACUGCUGUGUGUGCGAUGCGGGAGGAGAGGGGGUGUUUGUGGGCUAUACAUUGUAGAGCACAACGAGCAAAUGAUUUUUUCUACAUCAAGAGGUUUAGUGAUGUGCAUACUUGUGGUACGGAUGUUCGAACAUCGAAGAAUCCGCGAGUUAGUUCGGAUUUGGUGUCGAGUACCAUAUUUGAAAUUAUGAGGGACAAGCCGUUGACUCGGGCGUGUGAAGUGGUGACUAUUUUGAAGAGGGAUUAUGGGCUAGAUGUGAGUUACCAUGUCGUAUGGUUGGGUGUGGAGAAAGCAAAGGCUGGUAUCCAUGGAGAUCACUCGUUAUCGUUUGACCAGUUGCGGUGGUAUUCGGAUGCUGUGAUGCGGUACAAUCCGGGGAGUUAUGUCAAUAUUGACUAUGAUGCGAGUAGUCAACAGUUUUGUCGCUUCUUUGUGUCAUUCGCUGCGUGUAUUUCUGGGUUCAAUGCUUGUCGGCCUUUAUUAUUCCUGGAUGGAACAUUCCUCAAAGGAAAGUACAAAGGUCAGCUACUUGCGGCAACGGCGAAAGACGGGAACAAUGGUCUGUUUCCUGUUGCAUUUGCAAUUGUUGAUUCGGAGACCACGGCUAAUUGGUCGUGGUUCUUGCAUGAACUUGGGGGCAUGCGAUAUGGGGAGAUGACAUCCAAUGCGGCGGAGUCAUUUAAUAACUGGAUUAAAGAAGCACAGACAUAUCGUGCAGCCUAUUCGGGAGCCAUAUUCCCUAUACCAUCGGUGGAGAAGCCGCCUUUUGAUCCCACGGACUUUACUAUAUACCCGCCUACCGUGAAAAGACCACCCGGAAGGCCAAAGAAGAAUAGGAUCCCAUCAAGGGGUGAGAAACUGAAGCAAAUAAGGUGCGGGAGAUGUGAUAAGUUGGAGAGCCAUAAUCGAAAAUCAUGCACGGAGCCGAUAUAA